AAAUAAAUAUUAAACCCCUUUGUUUACAUUUAACGUCUGAUUGUUAAAAAAGGCGUUGCCACUUGGUUCGAAUUUAAAAGCGUGUUAUCUCAAAGCUUGCGUUCUGUAAAUAAAACCUAUUUUAUCUCGACAACGUCAAUAAAGGCUACAAUGGAUGAUGAUUACAACAGUUUGGAGGACAUCAACAACAACAGCAAUUAUGAGGACAUCGACAAUAACAGCACGGACUCUUACGAUACAGCUGAUGAUUGGGAGCGAAAGUCUGUCAAAACAAAAACUCUGCAACCGCACGAAUUAUUAUCUCUGGAGCAGAAACUUCAGCGCAUUAUAGUUAUUCAGCAAACAGAUCAGUCCUAUCAUCAGGCGCUAAACGACAUACGCGAUCAGGCCAUAAUUUCGGUAUUGGUGGAACCCAGUUUCUAUGGCCGACAUUGUAAAACAUCUGUGAUUGUUAUUGCAACGGCGAAUAAUACUUAUGUAUUUGAUCUAAAAGCACUCGGUGCAAUUUUCCCCGAACUCGGUGUGCUGCUGGAGGCCGAAUAUCCUAGAAAGAUAAUGCACUAUAGUCAUCGAAUAUGUGAUCUGCUGUUGCAUCAGCACAAGCUAAAAGUAAAUGGAAUUUGUGACACGUUCGUUGCCUUGUGCGUGGCUCGACAGGAUCGAAGUCAUUGCACAUUGCAGGAUGCCAUUACCUUAAUUUUGGAAUUGGCGCCAACUGAGCUAACCUGCAAUGAGAUUACUAGCGCCAAUGAAUCGGUUCGCACUUUUACAGCACGUCCAUUGUCUAGAAGUCAACUCCGAUAUCUGGCCACACUCGCCAUUUUACAGCAUAGACUACACGAUACGCUUAUCUAUGGAAAUAUCUGCUUCGAUCUGCAAGAAAUGUCUGAAAAAUUCAGUUGUGAAUUCAAUAGGCAAAAGAGAUCUGAUGAAGUGGCGCUAAAUAUGCAACCUGGUAGCAAUGCAGGCUUUGACUGUAUAAACCCAUACUACAAAAUAUCUACACCCAAAGAGUAGGCGAAAUUUCUUUGUAUUCUUGUUAAGAUGAAUCAAACACAUGCAUAUAGAACACGUUCACUAUAAUCUUUGAUUAUAGAACAUUAAAAGAAUUCAUGUAAUUAAAUUUUAAAUAUCUAAUUUACUAGCAUAACAUUCAAUUCGUCUUGUCUUCUUUUUUAUUAGUGUUGCAACGGUUCAAUUUAAAUC